AUGAAAAAUAGGCCUAUAAGUCCAAUACCGAUAAUUAACCCACGAAAGUUCCUUGAGCAAAAGAUCCUCGCUCUAGGAACUGGGCCGAAAAUAUACUUAUCGUGUAAUCAGCUCCUAGGGAAUUAUCAGCGAUUCCUCAUCGAUACCGGGGGGGAUGUAUGCCUCAUCAAUGCAUCCGCUUUAAAACCCGAAACAAUUAUCGACAUUGGAAAGGUUAGAAGAUUCCGAGGUCUCAGCGACAUUUGUCGCGAGGAUUUACCAUUCCCCGGGAUGGGAAUCCUGGGAAAUAACUUCCUUGAAACCGAAAAAGCAGAAAUUUCUUAUGAUAAUCAAACUCUAGCUUUAUUAUCUCGUCCUUCAAAAAUAAUCUCCUUCAGCCUUGAAACAACACCUUCCUCGAAUUAUACAAUACCACCUCGUAUGAAAAUGGUAAUAGCAGUACCUGUCCGAGAUUUCGAGAAGAACGAGGGAUACCUCCCUCGAAUGGAUCUUCCAGAGGGAGUGCUCGGAGGUGAAGCUGUUGUCAAGGUAGAGGAUGGAUACGCUACGUGUAUGGUUAUAAAUCUCAACUCGAAUUCGGUUGACAUAGAAAUCGGACCACAAACACUCGAAGAGUUCGAGUUCGAUAACCCUAGUUCAGACGGGGAGGAGUCCGAUGACCCUUUGAUAGAAAAUUCCAGCCGUAUAAUUAAUCCGGAAGAACCUAUGCUUAAGCAUUGGGACAGUGUUGCAGCGGUGUUGCGGCGAUGUUGCGUCGACGAUUCAAAUAACAUAAAGCAGCGUGCAGCUGUAUUGCGGCGGUGUUGCAGCGAUGGUUUAGAUUAA